AUGACGUUUUUUAUUAUUUUCAUUAGUAUUAUUCUUUCUUUUGUUCAUGGAAGUUGUUGGUAUGUUAGCAAUGAUAAUGAAAUUCGAUGGGGAAUAUCUACCAAUUGUGGAAAGUUUAUUGGUUUCACACAGUAUUAUGAUAAUAAGAUUGAUUGGUUUCAGUUUAAUUCAGGAUGUUGUGGAGAAAAUAAAACUUAUUAUAAAAUUUAUCCAGGGAGUAAUGAAGCUGAAAAAGCUGUUGAUUUUGUUUUAGGAACUGAAAUUCAAACUGUAUGGAUGUACCCUUCUCAACCUGAUAAACAUUUCUCUAUUUAUUUGAGAAAUAUUAAAGAAGGGUUUGUUGGUAUAUUUAAACGAAGUUCUAUUCCUGUGAGUGGAAUUAAUAAUAAUAUUUAUGUUUAUAACACACCAGCAGUAAUAAUUGGAAAUGGAUAUGAUCGUUUUUAUAUCAGAUACCAAAGCUAUACUAAUAGACCAUAUCUUAAUCUUCAAAUAAUAUCAACAACAACUGUUAUGAGAGAGUUAUAUGUUAAUAAGAGAAAUAUUCAAAGUGGGUGUAGUUAUGCUUUCAACACAAAUGGUAAUGUAAAUGUUUAUGAUGCACAAAGUGGUUGUACUUUUUAUGAAGUUUGUUCAAAGCCUAAUUUAAAAAGAUAUGUAAUGUGUAAAAAUGAAACUCUUUCAAUAAAAAAUGAUUGUAGAUGUUAUAUUCCAAGUACAACAUCAACAGCAUCAGUUAUUAACUUUGGAAUGGUUUUUCCUGAUUGUAUAUAUAAUAGUAGUUUAUAUGACUUAACUAUUUUUGCAAACCAAACAAUUAUUAAACUUGACUCUACUAAAGGGUAUCAAUGGAAUUCAUUUAUAUUUGAAUCUAGAACACUUCCUUUAACAAUAGAAAAUAAUCAACUUAUUAAUUUAACUGGAACAACUACAUUACCAAACAAAAGAAUUAUUAUUAGUAAUGAUGUUUAUUUCAAUAAAUUAAUUAUUCCAACUGUAAAUUUUAAUAUGACUCAUGUAUUUGGAGAAUGGGAUGCAAUUGAUAUUGAUGUUAGUCAAAUUAGUACUGAUUCAGUUUUAUUUAUUGGGUAUUUUAAGUCAAGUGGAAUACCAAACACAAUUCGAGUUGGGUGUAACAAUGGAAAUUUUACAAGGUAUGUUAAAGAUACAUCAACAAUAGAUUGUCAGUGUAUUUAUUCUAAUGACCAAUAUGACCUGAGUGAUUGUGAAAUAGUCAGUAAAAUUUACUCAAAUGCACUUAAUUUAAUAUUAAAUAAUAGUAUUUAUGAUAAAGAAAAUGUUUAUUGGAAUUCAACUGUGAUAAAAUAUCAAAAUAGUCUUAUUAAAGGUUCAAUCACAAGUGAGUCAUGUUCUAUUGAACAAUCUAUAACAAUAAAUGGAAUACUUCAAUGCAAUAUAUUAACUAUUUCAGGAAAUUCUAUAAUUAGUAUUUCUGAGGAUGGAAAGUUAAUAGUCACUAACCUUAUUGUUGAGAAACAGAGUACAGUCACAAUAUCAUCACCAAUAAAUACCAAUAUUUUAAUUGAAACAAUAAAUAUUUAUGGGUCAUUAUUAUUUGAUGAUUCUACGAAUGUUAUUUCUCAAUCUAAAACGAUUUUAAAUCAAAAUAGUCAACUUAAAACAAUAAAUUAUGCUUCAAUCAAAGAACUUCAAAUAUUAGGAACAAGUACAUUAAAAUCAGAUAGUAAUAUUUUUAUUUCAACAUUGAUUCAAACAACAAGUAGGUUAAAUGUGGAUGUUAAACAAAUUGAAAUAAAUAAAGGAGAUUUAAUUUUUGGAAGUAUAAAUGUAAUGAAUCCAAUUAUUAUUUCAAUCUUUGUUUCUACAAUUGAUAUUGAGUCUAUUGUCAAUCCAUUGACAGAUCCUAACUUAAUGUUUAUAACAAUAGAUCAUUCAACAACUCCAUUAAAUAUUAUGAGAAUUCCUUCUAUUCCAAAUUCAAUAUCAAUUAAUUUUAUUUUAAAUAAGUAUCGUAAAAUUAAUCUACCCUCUUCUAAUAAUAUAAAUUUUAUUUGUGAUAAACAAGCUAUUGUAAUUGGAACAGGAAAUGACUUAAUUUGUUCUGUAAUUGGAUUAACAAAUAAAGUAUGUAAUCCUCAACCUGAUAAUUCUUAUUUAGAUGAAAAUGGUUUGCAUGAUUAUUCAUGUCCAGGUCAUUCCAACUCAAUAGUGUCAACUUAUCUGAUUAUUGAUUCAGUAAAUUCGUACUCAUUUGAGUCUGAUGAAAGAUAUAAUUUGAUUACCCUUUUAAGACAAGCUACUCUUUAUGUUUCAUAUCAUGAUUUAUUAAUAAAAUCUUAUACCUCUUUUAUUAUUGAUGGUACUCUUAAUUCUGUUCUUGUAGAGUCAAUUGGAAAUUCAUCUUCAAUUAUUGUAACUUCUCUUUCUCCAUUACUUUUAUUUGUUGACAACUCAUUAGGUAUAACUAUUUUAACAAAUAAUGCAGUUGUAAGUUCAUAUGGAUUGUGUAAAACUGGGUUAUUAUCAAAUACAAAUUCUGAAUGUAAAAUAUGUAGAUAUUUAACAAAAGAAGAUGGAGAGUGUACUGACCCUAUAAUAACAAUAGAACAUUGUGAGUUAUAUAUUAAGAAUGGAUUAUGUGAACGUUGUGAAGAAGGUUUUUUUUCUACUGGAAAUUCUUGUAAUGAAUGUACAUCAAAUUGUAAGAUUUGCAAUUCUGAAAAAUGUUUUUUAUGUUUUGACAAUUAUAUUGUAAGUGGAACAAAAUGUAUUGAAACAAGUAAUUGUAAAUAUAUGAAUAAUGGAAUAUGUUUAGUUUGUCCUCCUGGUAAAACUCAAGAACCUUCAAUGGAAAAAUGUUCUGUUAAUUGUCCAAAUGGAUGUGAUACAUGUUCUUCUUCAGAUGUAUGUAUUCAUUGUAGUAUAAAUAAUAGUUAUAUAAAAAAUAAUGACCAAUGUGAAUUAAAACAAUCAACAAACCAAAUUACAAAUAAACAAGUUAUUGAUUGUCAAGAUGGAUUUUAUCUUAAGGAGGGGUCUUGUGUUUCUUGUGAAAAUGAUUGUUCCAAAUGUUUAUAUAAUGAUAAAACAGAAACUAUUCAAUGUUUAGAAUGUCCUGAAGGAAAAGUAAUUGUAAAUGGAAAGAGUUGUCAACCAAUAGAGUCUGUUGGUUGUAAAACAAGUGUUAAUAGUAAGUGUAUUGUUUGUACAGAAUUUGAUAAAUAUUUUGAUGGGUCUAAUUGUGUUUCAUGUGGAAGUAAUUGUAGUUUAUGUACAGUAAAUGGAAAAUGUUCGUUAUGUGAUGAUUCAACAUAUUUAAAAUUAGACUCAACUUUUGAUGAUGGAAUAUGUCAAUCAACACCAACAAUAGAAAAUUGUAAAGAAUUUAAUAAAGGAAGAUGUGCCAUUUGUUCUGAUGGUUAUUUUUUAAAUAAGAAUGGGAGUUGUGAUGCAUGUUAUUAUCCUUGUAAAAAAUGUGUUAAAUCUGCUGAUAUAUGUUAUGAAUGUAAUGAAGGAUUUAGUCUUCAAGAAAAUUCAUGUAUUAGUAUUAUUAAAAGUAUUGAAAAUUGUAAACAAACAAUUCCACAUUCUAACGAUAAAUGUUUAAAAUGUGAAGAUGGAUAUUACAGAGAUGGAAUAUUAUGUCGAGCAUGUAUAGAUAAUUGUAAAACAUGUAUUAAGAAAAAUGAAUGUUCUGAAUGUAUUAAAAAUUUUUAUAAAAUAUUACUUAUGGAUGUUCUCCAAUAUCUGAAUUAA